AAUGUCGCAUGCGUAAUGGCUUACGAGUUGCAAGAAGCCAUCUGUCGUCAGUCAAACGCGACAAAAAUGGGUUUGGAUCGUGACCAAUAUUUGGUUUUUAUAAGUCUAUCUGCUCCACCUCCGAGUCUCCAUUAUUUGUUCACUCUCACCGGACCACACGGAGACGAGACCAGUGCGUGCGAACUCCACUGGUUCUGGUGCCAAGAACCAGAGAAGAUGAGCAGUGCAGAGAAGGUAGUGGGCGUGACCGGAGGGUCGGGCUACAUAGCUUCUUGGCUGAUCAAGCUCUUGCUCCACCGUGGCUACACUGUUCGAGCCACAGUCCGAGACCCAUCCGACCCAAAGAAGACAGGACACCUUCUGGCACUCGAGGGGGCUAAGGAGAGGCUGCAUUUAGUCAAAGCGGAAUUGCUGGAAGAAGGGUCUUUUGACUCCGUAGUCGAUGGAUGCGAAUGUGUUUUUCACACUGCAUCCCCUGUUCUGCUCUCAGCUGCUGACCCCCAGGCUGAAAUAAUCGAUCCUGCCCUAAAAGGCACCCUUAAUGUUCUAAGAUCGUGCGCCAAAGCCUCUUCUAUCAAGAGAGUGGUUGUGACGUCCUCUAUGGCUGCAGUUGCAUUCAGUGCAAAAACUCUGACUUCGGGCGUUAUCGUUGAUGAGACUUGGUAUUCAGAUCCAGAAUUUUGCGAGAAAUCCAAGCUCUGGUAUAUGCUUUCAAAAACCUUAGCAGAGAAGGCGGCUUGGGAAUUUGCCAAAGAGAAUGGAAUUGACCUUGUCACGAUAAACCCGGGAUAUGUGAUCGGCCCUUUCUUGCAGCCCACUGUUAAUUUCACCGUGGAGACAAUACUGAACUUCACUAAUGGAGCUCGAACAUUUUCAAAUACAUGCUAUAGAUUUGUCGAUGUCAGAGAUGUGGCACUUGCACAUAUUCUAGCUUUUGAAAAUCCUUCAGCUGGCGGAAGAUAUUGCAUAGUAGGAGAAGUCGUACACUGUCAUGAUGCUCUACAGAUAUUGCGCAAUCUCUACCCCACAUUGCACCUCCCCGAGAAAUGCGAAGAUGAGAAGCCUUUCUCGUCGAAGUAUGAGGUAUCAAGAAAGAAGGCAGAAGCUCUGGGUGUCAACUUCACUCCAUUGGAGGUGAGUCUGAGAGAUACCGUCGAAUGCCUCAAGGAGAAGGGAUUCAUCUCUGUCUAGGCCGUUGCUCAAAACAGCAUAUCACAAGCUAAUAAUGACUUGUGGACCUGUGUGGUCUGUCCUCAGCUUUUUAGUUCCUCAAUAAUACAAUUAUUAUGAAGAAUGUAUCAUUACUUUCACAGAUAACUUUCCCAGUUUUUCCCAGCUAAUCUUGAAGUAAUUAUUGUU